CUCACAGUCAGCGAUGUUGUACAUGGUGGCUUAUUAACGAAAGGACAACACGCCCUCGUUGUAAAGUUUUUUUGCGCAUCUUCUUCAUCUGAUAUCCACCACAUAUUUAUUAGCUUAAGUAAAUUUCGCGAGGACACAUCAAGGCGUGCUUCAAUUCCAAUUUGAGCAAAUUUGAUUGACAUUUUUCCAUCUUAUUCUAGUUCCUUCUAGUGCACAGCGAGACAGGCAGAUCCACCUUGCCUCGAUCAUGACGAGCGACAUGGCGGAGGUAGUUGACGUGAGUAGAGAGGAAGAGGAAGAGGAACCUUCUAGCGAGAUGGAGCUGGAAAAUGAUCUUGUAGACGAAGAGAAAGAAAAAUCGUCCAGCAGUUCAUCGGAAGCCGUUAACGACGACGAGUACAACGGUUGGAAUGAGGACGACUCAGAAAAUGAAAAUCAAAGCGCAGCUGUUGGUGGUGCUCAAAAGGACGAACAGUCCACCAACGGCCAAGACGAGCACCAAGGGGGUUACAUUCAAAGCGAGUGGUCUUACGAGGACUAUGACUGCAAGAAGAACGACGGGGGCGUCCCAGCGGACGAUCUGGAGGAGGGCGAGGACGAUGUUGAGGAGCAAUUAUCCGCAGAAGAAGAAGAAGAAGAAGAUGACGAGUACUACGAACAUGAGCAAGAGUUAUCCGGCAGCGACGAGAAGCCUCAUGGUCAUGUCAACCACGAUGACGACCCCGAGGACGAGCCGUUCGACCUCCACGACCUUCCCCCCUUCGACCUCCACAAGGAGUUGCAGGUGCCAAAAAACCCGUCGCUCCCGCGCGUCCAGGCCUCGUUUCACAAGCUGUCGACGAAAAUCUACGACUUGUGGACCAAAGCGACCGACUACGAGGCUUUUAAGUACAGCACGGAGGAAGAAAUAUACAAACAGGAAGAGAAGCUGAAGGAGAAAUUCGCCAAAGUUGUUCUAGCCUUCCUCGUGUUACGCGAUUCGAACAGACGGGAGAUUUACGAGCAACUCGGCUGCGAUUUCAACGCGUUGAAGGAAUCGGAAAAGUAUUUGGAGAAAUCGGUUUUUGAUUGCGAUGUUCUCGAAGAGUUCGAACGGUUUUUCCGGGGGGAGAGGGAGGAAGACCGAGAUUAUUUGCUCAUGAACUCGGACGAACACUUUGAUGGAGAUGAUAACGAUAAAAUUUUCGACGGGGAAACGAGAAAUCCCAACAUGAUCGAGGUGGAGGGUGUGAAUGCUUUUUCGAAAUUGAGCGGAGGUUCGACUUCUUCGAGCUCAAGUGCAUCAUCGUCCGGAAGACCUUCGGAUGGCGCUGGAGGUGCUGCUGGUUCUAUGUCAUCGAAGGUGAACAGCAGCCAGGAGCAAGAAGAUGAGCAGGAGGCCGCGGGAAAAAGCACGUCAGGCUCUGGAGCCGCCGCAAACAAGCCAGUGUGUGCGGCGGAUAGGGUGCAUCGCGUGUUCCAGGAGGAGGAAAUGGACGAUGAGGAAGAAAACAUAAGAACAAAGAAUGCGGUCGAGGAACCCCAAUCUCAACAAAGUGGUGGUGAACUAUCACGAGGAGGAGUAAAGAUGGUUUCCAAACAGACUUCCAGUACGACUUACCCUGCUUGCAGUACCGUUCUCGAAGGACGAGCGCAAGACGAUGACGAAGAAGAAGAAGAUUUCGAUGCGCUGGACGACGAGCUGCUAGACGAUGAAGAGGAAGACAGCCUGGAUGGACUGAACGAGCUUGCGGCUUUGAAAUCAGCGCAACUCGAGGCAAGUGGCGCGGCCUGCUCUCCCUCUAAAUUGCAGACAUUGGAGCGACUGGACCAGGAUUUGCAGUCACUUUUGCAAUCUGUCGACACCAGGUUGAAAGGCAGUUCCGGUGUCAGCGCUGUUCCCGCUUCUGCCGCAAGUGGUGCGAUGAAUAGCUGCAAAGUAGAUCCGCAAGCCGAUUAUACUUCUGCAUCUUCUGCAACCACAUCAAUUGCCGCUUCAUCAACUUCACCUGCUGGCGCCGCUGGAAUCAAGAUUGAAAAGCUUGACCACCUGAACAAAUUGCAGCUGCCGCCACUCCCUGCCCUCGUGUGCCCGGAAGACUACGCCGAGCAAGUGCAGAAGGAAAAGAAGGCGUUCUGGGAACGGCGUUUGAAGAAGCGAAAGAUCGACACUGGAGACGAACAGGAUUCCUCGGAUGACGAAGAUGAGUCAUCCUCCGAAGGUAUGACUGCGCUUAAUGAGGAAAUGGUCCGCGCGUGGAACGCGAAAAAGGUCGCUGCUGCUGCUGCUGCUGGUGCAACUAAGAAAGUGGCUGCGGAACAAAGGAAAACCAAAACCGCUAAGACGAGGACGAAAGGCUCAAAGAAACUCGUGCAUAACCCCCUUACCUCGCGGGGCCGGCGGCAACGACGCAUGGAGAUGAUGCGGCGCGGAACGAAAAAAAAGGCGACGACGAAGGGUCCACGCGUUUCGAAGCGGACUGUGUCGAAGGAAUAACAGUAAACGUACAUAACCUAUUAAAACAAAACAGAUUUAAAAAGAUAAAGAUGAGACAACAUACUGAGAACGGAACUGAUACUGAAGGUCCAACUCCAAGCGAGAGUAGACCAAGUUCCAUUACGUUGUUGUCUCAUUACCUGCAGCAGCAUGAUCGUGCAUCUACUCCAAGUACCAACGAGAAGAUCUGUGUGAAGAUGAUACCACGACCAAAACGCGAGAAUCAAAGCGAAGCGAAGUAUUCAACUC